AUGUGUGUGAUAUUUUACGGUCACUGGAAGACAAAGCUCCGUGUGUUAAAGAGCUUACAGUCUAAUCUUUGGAUACCCGCUGGUAGGUGUAACACCAUCAUAAUAGCACAGAGAAAUGAACCACAGUGCAGGGAGGAGUCUAACAGAAAAGCAGAAGAGCCUGCAUCUGCCAGGAACAGCUUGCCAAAAGCAGUGUGUGUCCAUUCUGCCUGUCCCUUUGCAAACCGGAGGGGAUCAAACAGCUUCUCAGUUGCGGAAAUACCUGACAAAACCCAAUCUCUUUUGCCUUUUGGAUCUUCAUAUCUGGUCAUUUUCUUACAGCCUUACCCUAUCAUGGUCUCUAAUCUAAAAGUCAUCUUCCUGUUUCUUUGGUCGCUUCAGUGUGGAGGGGGACAAGUCGAUGUACAGCAGAGACCUCCAAUCCAGGUUGCACUGCUCAAGGAAAAAGUAUCCAUCCCCUGCAAGGUCACCUUCCCUUACAUGAUGAAGUACACCAAAUUUUCAAUCUUCUAUUACUGGAUUAACUCAGUGGGCAAGAAAACAUCCAUCCAUAGUAAGACAGUAGAGAUACCAAUCCCUCCUGGAAAAGAGAAUCAGACCACUACCCAAUCUUACAAUUACAAAACCAUGCCACUUGAAAGCACCUCUUUUACUGGCACGUAUUACUGUGAGGUCAAAUGGAGUGACAUCGCAAAAAUGGGAGGGGGAGUAUUUGUACUUGCUAGAGAUGCAGGUUACAUACAGACCUCUAACAGGUGGAAAAUCCUCAUUACUCUUACCUCUCUUCUUGCUGCACUGAGCAUCACUGGAACAGCUCUGCUACUGUGGAAAAGAAAGGUGGUGUGUCCUGGAAGGAACCAGGUCCUAAAUAUCCUGAGACACAAGGUGGAAACUCAGCCCCCUUCAGCCAACCCAGCACCAGCUACUCCCAUCUAUGACUGUCUGGAUUCACAGCAAGUUGAUGUCUAUUCUGUCCUUGGGAGCAACACAGAAAAGCCAUCAUGCAGAAGGAGUCCUCUGGAGAAGACACCUAAGAAGCAAGAAACUCCAGAAGAAUCCUUUGAUACAUUGUAUGAGAAUAUCUAA